UAUUACAUUUGAGUUUCUUAUCUUUAUUCCUUAUCAUCUGCGUUUAGAAAUAACAGAUAAGAAUAUUACAUUAGUUAUUAAACACGUUUUUUUUCGAUUCAAUGAAAUUCGAGGAAAUUUAUUUUAUUUAUUAUGUUUCCAUAUCUUUUUCAUUGUUUCAUAGUUUUUGUUUUUAUAUAAUAGUUAAUAAACUUAAGUUGUAACUUAUUUUUCUUAAUACAUUUUUUUUUUUAAAGCAAAUUUAGAAUGAAGUGCCAUGUUUGCGAAAUUAAUGAACACAAAUAUAAAUGUCCAAAAUGCAGAAACGUAAAGUAUUGUUCAGUUGCAUGUUACCAAAAUCAUUUAUCAAGUGAUUGUACAAUAAGCAACCAAGCUGCAUCAGUUGAAACAUUAAAAAAUGUACAACUGUAUCCUACUGAAGACACAAUCCCAUCUGAAAAAUUGAAUUUACUUUGUUAUGACAAUCGCCUAAAAGAAUUAGUUUCUGAUUCUUAUUUACAAAAACUAUUGGAAAAAAUAGACAACAGUACUAAUCCUAAUGAAGAGUUGGAAAAAGCUAUGGUUGAACCUAUAUUUGAAGAAUUUGCUAGAAGAUGUUUGGAAAUUGUAAGGGAUGAAAAUGUAAAUUGAAGUUUAAACUUAAAUAAUUUAUAAACUAUUGGCAAAUUAUAGCACCUUUGCAGUUAAUACCUUUAAGAACAUAUUUUGUUUACUUAAUUAAUAAUGUUUUAAAAGUUCACAAAGUGUAAAUUGACUGAAAACUACUGUUGUUAUUAUAAUAAUAUAAGAUUGAAUUUUUAAA